UUGCAGACAUGACAGUGAGGAUCUGUCUCUGUGUGACCCUGCUGCUCAACACAGCUACCGGCUUGCCGCAUCUCAAACCCAGGAGCUCUAUAGUUGGGGGAGAGGAUGCAGCUCCUGGACAAUGGCCCUGGAUGGUGUACCUUCAGAGCACUAAUGGAAUGAAAUCCUACACCUGUGGCGGUUCCCUUAUCAACACUCGAUGGGUUCUGACUGCAGCCCACUGUGUUAACUCAAAAAACUAUCAUUUGAAACCAGUGGUGGUGGGCCGGUUGAAUCUUCGUGAUCCCAUUCACUGGCAGUACUCUGUGCACCGUGUCCUGAUCCAUCCUGGUUACCAUGACAAUGGGGACGUGCUGUACAAUGACAUCGCUCUGGUGCAGCUGAAGAAGUCGGUGGUCACCUCCAAACUUGUGGAGCCUGUGGCACUGCCAACCUGUCAGGACUUCUUCAACACCAGCUCUGAGUGCUGGGUCACCGGAUGGGGCAAAGUGGCUGAGAACAAGCCAUUGGGAGGUAGGAAGACACUGCAGCAGGUGAACCUCCCCCUUUUGGACAAAGACACCUGCAAAAAGGCGUACCCCAGUACCAAUGAUGAGCAGCAUCUUUGUGCUGGAUACAUGCAGGGAGGCAAGGACUCAUGCAAGGGCGAUUCUGGUGGCCCCCUGGUGUGUAAGUCGGGGAAGAAGUUUGUCCAGGUCGGGGUGGUGAGUUUUGGACGUGGCUGUGCCCGGCGUGACUACCCUGGGGUGUACACGCGUGUGAUCAGUUACAAAAAGUUCAUCAAAGACGCUAUCCGCAAAUACAGCUGAACCACAGCAACCUCUAGACGUCACUCAGAGAGAACUACACCUCCGUCUGACAUUUCUCUGUCCCUCUCUCCUGAUUCUCUUCAUCUCUCACCUUUUCUAUCCGAUCAAUAAAAUCUUU